UGUUUAUGGGUGUCAUGCCAUAACAUAUUUUUAAUACGACUGACUUUAUAUUUAAUGUAAAUUUAACAUUGAAAGUUAAUGUGAAUAAAAACAUUGCGAGUUAGGCUACUAAUCAUAAAAUUUUCAUUGUACAGAAAGAGAGCAAAGAACAUUUACUUUAUCAAAGAACAUUUUCACUGACAGUUUAGAGUUCAAGCACUCUCAAAAACUCCCAUUAAAAUCACUGAAGCUGUUUACACUAUGAAAUUAAUAUCUUACGGAUUCGUACACACAUUUGCACUUUGUUUCUGACCACAAUUCGCCAGAAAGAGGUAUUCAGUCGGUGAAGAAAACACAGGCAUUUUAGCGAUGACUCAUCUGAACACCUCUGAUUGGUCAUUGCAUUCAUAAGCUCAACAGAAUCGUGUGUGAUUGGUUAUAAUGCGCAGCGCUGUACAAACGUGUCUGUCUCGGCGCCAGCGAACACAGAAUUGAAUUUAGCAGCUGAUGAUAUGACGCACUGAACGUUCUAAUCAAAUAUAUUGUAUCAAACAUAAAAAAAAUAUUAAUCGGCUAUUUUUGGUCUUUUGGAAACUGCUUUCAAAAUCCACUUGGCUUAAAAAUCUGGGGGUUCACGUGCCCCCUCACUUUGAAUGGGCAUGACGCCUCUGCCGUGUCGUGUCCAUUACUGCAUUUCUAAAUGUGAUCAAUUGGAAUAGUUUCUCAGUGAUGCAUCAGGAAGCCACACCUGCUGAAAGGUAUGAUUAGGUGGAGCAUGUUAAAGGAAAGGAGAUUACACUGUGUUUGUAUGUAAGUAAUAAUCUGUACGAGAGAAGAAACUAGGAAAACAAACAGCAAGCUGUGAAAACAGCAAGAGAACCACAGGACAUGGACGAAGAGUCGGACAUAGACACAACGUCUGACUCAGAAUGUGAAUCAGAAUAUGAUCCAAAGAGCAGCACAGGAUCUGACAGUCUGAGUGAGAACGACAGUUCAAAAGUAAAACGAGGGAAAAAAAGAAAAAUGAAAAAACGUAAUUGUAAACAGACAGAUCCAUCUUCCCUCUGUACACCCAAGAAGAGACAAGCUGAAGACUCCAACCUAUAUUUAACACAACAAUUUGGAAACAAAUCUGAACUUCCUGUCACAUGUGGAGAUAAAGACGGCAUCCUGCAUGUGGAGAAAUAUAAUGACAUGGAGAAGUGCAUCUUAAGUGAAGACCAGUGGUUCAUGCCCAACGAAUUUGAGAGGUUUGGAGGAAAGGAGAGAAGCAAAAAAUGGAAGACCAGCAUCUUUUGUGAUAAUAUUCCACUCCAGAAACUCAUAGAGGCUGGACUUCUGUCAUCCUUUAAGAAAAGUGGGGUUAAGAAUAAACAGAAUGACUCUCCUGAAUCCUCACCUGUUGCUGACAGACUCAGAAAAAGAAAGUGUCAGAGACAGCCGUUCCCCUCCUGCUCCGAAUCAAAUGGCGGGAAUGAUGAUGACAAAGGUGAAGUUGUUGAUGAGGAUGAUGAAGAUAUCUUUGAUAUAACCAUGUUUGAAGGUCCAACCCUACCGGUUACCUGUGCUUCUGGCUCUGGCAUCCUACACAAAUAUCGCUUUGCUGCAGGGCGUUGUGGGAGAUGCAUAAGAACAAAAGACUUCUGGCUGACACCUGAGGAUUUCAUCAGACUGAACAAGUCAGAUGGAACAUGGAGAAAAGACAUUUUAUCCAACGGGAUACCUCUGGGGAAACUUAUAAUGAAAAGAGUUUUGGAACUGCAUGUGGUGGACUGUGAUUGUAAGAUCUGUGAAGACCUGGAUGAGUACCUACAGAAUGAUGACGUGUGUUUCGUGUGUCACUCUGAGGGAGAUCUCGUGUGUUGUGACGAGUGUCCACAAGCUUUUCAUUCACACUGUCACAUACCAGCUGUACAUGGAGACUCAUCUGGAAGCCAGUGGAGCUGCACAUUUUGUGUGAUGAAGAAUGUGGAAAGUUCUUGUCAAAAUACACAACAGAAUGUUUUUAGCAGUCCAGUCUCUCAGUACAAGCUGCACUGCCAGUACCUGCUGUUACACCUGCUACAUGAGAGCAUGACUGAACCCUGUGCCAAAGUUCCAGGAUACAGUGAGGACAUCUGUGGUCCCAUGAUGCUGGGCAGAGUGAAAAUAAACUUGGAGAAUAAUGACUAUCAAACAGUGGAAGAGUUUGUCUCGGAUAUUGAACUCAUUUUCAACAACUUUUGCACCCCCGACAGGGAUAAUGAUUCCAGCAGAAUAACUUCUAGACUGAAAAAAGUAUUCAAAAGGGAGUUUGAAAGCAUCUUUAAGCUUCAGUAAUAUCACGCUGUAGCAAGAAGGUCUUUGUUAAACAUUAUGGUAACAUUUGAGUGUAUUUUACAAAAUGAAAAAAAUAAAAAAGAUAAAAAUAACAAAAGAACAAAAUCAAAAUUGUGCAUUUGUGAACGAUUGUGAGCAAUAAUGAUGAUAUU